UGUGAGACAGUCCAGCUUCUCUUCCCCUUCCGUGAGUCCCUCUUUCUCUCUCCUCAUAGACCCCGCUCGCCCCACAGGCGGCCGCCGCAGCUCUCGCGCCGCCAGCGAGCAGUACGCGUGCGCGCGCGGCCGCGCGACCGUCGGAUCCCCGCGCUUCCCCCCCCCGCCCCUCCCGCUCCUCCCGCUCCUCUAUAACUUGGUUGGCGUGCAGAAGGCGCCGCCGGAGUCGGAGGGCGGGGAGCUCGGAGGAGGGAGCUCGAGAGUUGUGGAGACUAGUGACUGGGAGAAGUCGCAGCCUGCUUUGGUCGGCUCCUUCCCGCUCCCCGUCUUUCUCUCUUACACACCUACUCCGCCUCCCGCCCCAGCCCGCGACCUCGCUCCUUCUCUCGCCCGGGGGCCCCUGCCGGUCGCUCUCCGGGUUUCGGCGCGGCGGGGGCGCCCACGGGGUGCCCUCGCCCUCCGGGUGCGUGUGGACGGGAGGCGGGCGGGAUGUGGCGCCUGGUGCCCCCGAAGCUGGGCCGCCUGUCCCGCUCGCUGAAGCUGGCGGCGCUGGGCAGCCUGUUGGUGCUGAUGGUGCUGCACUCGCCGUCGCUGCUCGCCUCCUGGCAGCGCAACGAGCUGGCCGACCGGCGCUUCCUGCAGCUCAAUAAGUGCCCGGCGUGCUUCGGCACGAGCUGGUGCCGCCGCUUCCUCAACGGACAGGUGGUGUUCGAGGCGUGGGGCCGCUUGCGCCUGCUGGACUUCCUCAACGUGAAGAACGUCUACUUCGCGCAGUACGGCGAGCCCCGCGAGGGCGGCCGCCGCCGAGUGGUGCUCAAGCGCCUCGGCUCGCAGCGCGAGCUGGCGCAGCUCGACCAGAGCAUCUGCAAACGGGCCACCGGCCGACCUCGCUGCGACCUGCUCCAGGCCAUGCCCCGCACCGAGUUCGCGCGCCUUAACGGCGACGUGCGGCUGCUCACGCCCGAGGCGGUGGAGGGCUGGUCGGACCUGGUGCACUGCCCCUCGCAGCGCCUGCUCGAUCGCCUGGUGCGCCGCUAUGCCGAGACCAAGGACUCGGGCAGCUUCCUGCUGCGGAACCUCAAGGACUCGGAGCGCAUGCAACUGCUGCUGACCCUGGCCUUCAACCCCGAGCCGCUGGUGCUACAGAGUUUUCCAUCUGAUGAAGGUUGGCCAUUUGCAAAAUAUCUUGGAGCUUGUGGAAGAAUGGUGGCUGUAAGUUAUGUUGGAGAAGAACUGUGGAGUUACUUUAAUGCACCAUGGGAGAAACGAGUUGACCUCGCUUGGCAAUUAAUGGAAAUAGCAGAGCAGCUUACAAACAAUGACUUUGAAUUUGCACUCUACCUUCUGGACGUCAGUUUUGACAAUUUUGCAGUUGGUCCUAGAGAUGGGAAGGUAAUCAUUGUGGAUGCUGAAAAUGUUUUGGUUGCUGACAAAAGGUUAAUUAGACAAAAUAAACCUGAAAAUUGGGAUGUAUGGUAUGAAAGCAAAUUUGAUGACUGUGAUAAGGAGGCUUGCUUAUCAUUUUCAAAAGAAAUUCUUUGUGCUCGUGCGACUGUGGACCACAAUUACUAUGCUGUUUGUCAGAACCUCUUAUCCAGACAUGCCACCUGGCGUGGCACUUCUGGAGGACUUCUUCAUGACCCACCAAGUGAAAUUGCCAAAGACGGCCGACUAGAGGCCUUGCUGGACGAGUGUGCCAACCCAAAGAAGCGCUAUGGCAGAUUCCAGGCUGCAAAAGAACUGCGUGAAUACCUAGCACAAUUAAGUAACAAUGUGAGGUAGUCUAUGGUGAAUUUUUCUUUUCUCCAUUUAAAUAGCACUGGCUAAAACUAAACCACCAAAAACUAUCUGGAAAAAUGAAAUUUGGAAGUAAUACAUUCAGAAGAUAACUUGCACUGAUAAAUCUAUGUUAACAUCAAAAUAAGACAUUACUUCAAAAAUCUUGUGACGCUUCUGCAAAUAAGUUUGUUCUUACACUUUGGAGACUUGAGCUAUCAUCAUUGACUGCUUUGCUCCCCCGAAUGCCUGAGUGAAUUAAUGAAUAUUGUGAAGCUAUUGGAAAUGAGUCUGAUAGUUACAUUGGCUUGUGUAUCAAAGGGUACUUGGUAUUUGACUUAGUUUCCAUUACUAUCAUGAUUUUGUGAAUCUCUUGCAUUUACUUUGAAUGUCAAGUUAGAUUGGCCUGUUUUAUAGGCCAUUUUUUCCUUCUGAUGUAUAGGUGUUUUUUCCCACUCAUUUUUAUGUUUUUUUUAAAUUAAAUUUUACACAUUCAGGUUA